AGAAGAGGUGAGGAGGCUUCCUGCCUGGCGGUGCUGUGAGGCGGUGACAGCCGUGUCAGAGAGAAGUGGGUGUUUCAUUUAAAAACAGGCCCCUUUUUCUUUCCGGUGUAGAAUUUUAAAAAAGCCCCAGAACCGUCAGCGACAUGUCGACGAAAACCAUGUCCGCCCGCUUCAGACGAGUGGACGUGGACGAGUACGACGAGAACAAGUUUGUGGACGAGGAGGACGGAGGCGAAAACCAGCUGGGUCCCGACGAGGCGGAGGUGGACUCCCUCAUCAGGCAAGGAAAUCUCAUGGAGGCUUUACAGGCAGUCCUGAAGAACCCACCAAUCAACACAAAGAACCAGAAUGUCAAGGAUCGUGCCGAGGGUCUCGUGCUAAAAUUGCUUAGUGCCUUUAAGAGCAGUGACAUUGAGAAAGGGGUGCAGAGUCUGGAUAACAACGGCGUGGACCUUCUGAUGAAAUACAUAUACAAAGGCUUCGAGAGGCCGUCGGAAAACAGCAGCGCCGUCCUGCUGCAGUGGCAUGAAAAGGCUCUGGCAGCUGGAGGAGUGGGCAGCAUCGUCAGGGUACUAACGGCGAGGAAGACGGUCUAAAAGAGGAGCAGACGAUCGGUUCGCUCCACAUCACUGACUGAUACAGGGGUGGGAGGGGAGCGCUUCACUGUACUGUUCAUGUAAUAUAACAGACGGCAUCGGGGGUUAAAACUAAAACCAGAUUUUUAACUCAAUGUGAUCCUGCUGUGAUUAAAUCUGGGUCACGUUAUGAUAAAAAUGGGUUUUCUUGUUUCUUCCGAUGCACGAUCACAGCCGACUGAAUCAUAUUCCUCACAGGGUGCUAACUUCUCUUUAACCCCACGUGUGCUGCCUCCCAUCUCUCCACAUCAUUCCUCUAUAAUAUGUUUUCAUUCUACACAGCGGUGUGAGAGUUAAGAUUUGCAAUAUAAAUCUGUGGGGUCACGAAAUGAUUAACAAGAUAGGAAAACAGGGAAGAAAAUACUCCUGAUAAUAUAUACCAAAUUAUUUAGAGUUUCCUCUAAUCUCAACUUCAUUUUUUUGUGCAAAUGAUUGGCUGAAAUUCCUUCUGGGCCUUCGUUUCACUCAGGAAGACCUCCCAAUGUCAGUAAAUCCUCUCGCUGCGUCUCACUGUGACACUUGAGCAGCGGGAGUCUCUCUCGAAAAGCACAGUCACACAGAUGGAGGCUGGUGGAUUUGCUCACAGGGGUCGUCAUCCUCCCUGGGGAGGGGGAGGGGAGGCGGGUCAUCCAUCCAUCCCACCGUCUUCUCACGCCGCCUCCUGCCCUAGUUAAGGAUUAUUACCCAUGAUGCAUCGCCACCCCCCUGUUCUUAUUAAUCCCACUUAACUGCUCCUUCUUUCCUGUUAAUGUCUGCCUCUCUGAUGCAACCUCUGCUACUGUUCAGGGCCUCGUGCUGUUACUGCUCACAGGAUCUGUACUUUCAGGAAAAUAACAUCACCCUGAGAAUACUUUCUAGGAUUUUUUUUUCAUAGCUAGCAGAAAAAAUAAUCUAGGAUUACCCAUUUUCCUAUUUGUUUUGAUGAUUUUUGCUUUAAGGCCAAACCCCUACUCGAUUGAAAUUAAAUGCAAGGCUUAGCACUUUCACAAAUUAGGCACGGUUGCUUUCCAGGAGAGAUGAUGAUGAUGAUAAUCAUAUGACUAUUUUUGAUUUUUUUACAAACAGAAACAGACUUUGAAUUGAUUUAGAAUGUUUUGCAUGAUCCCAUUUUCUUUUUGAGAUUUUAGUGAUUUUUGUAUUAAAUCUGUUGAAAUUCAUGCCGGAGGAUUUAAAAAAAAACAAAAAAACCCACCAUGCACAGUAUUGUCUUGCAGUAUAAACUCGUACUGUGGCAACCACAUAUACUUAAAAUUCCUGUAUAUUUUAUACAAUGAGGAAAACUGGAAAGUGUUGUCUGCCUUAAGGGUGGAUUAUGUCUGUUGCCAAAUGAUUUAUUUAGCUUUCACGAAAAUAAUGUAACUCACGUUGAUGAUUUAGUUGUCCGUAUAUGUUAGAGUAACAUUUUUAAAAACAUAGUUUUGGAGUUAUGACCACAUACAUUUAAUAUCAACAUAAAAGCAUUGUUAAAGAAAUUUUUUGUUUGUGUGUGACAAGCAUCUUGAAGCUGUGUCCGCACAAACACUACAAGAAGGUCAAUCGAGGAUUUUUUACAGUGGACAUUGCUUUUUACAAAACACGAAAACAUUGUGAGCACUUGUGUUUUUACUCAUGAGUUAUCACCAGUUCAUAUUCAGACGUGGCUCGUCAUGUUUGAAUACUGUUGUCAGUGAUGAUGCCUCUUCUAAUGCAGCGACGGCUCGUUUGACAGGAAAACAACCAGGAAAACUUUUUCUAGUCCGAGUCGCACCGACGAGGAAGUAAAUCAAACUGCCUUACUCGAAUAUUCCUCUUUUUAUAAAGGUUUGUGCUUUUUUUUUGACAACAAAAAAUUAAAGGUAUGAAAAUGGA